GGAGGUAGAACAUUCCCAUUAUCGUAGAAAGUUCUAUUGGAAGUGCUGCCAUAGAAUUCUCCAGAAUUCCCAAGCGCUUCUCUUUCUCUCUCCUUACCCUUGUUCUCACUCUAAUUCUCUCUCUCUCUUUCUCUUUCCAGCUCUCACCCAUUCCUAAACCAAGUACAGGGGUAUUUGUCUCAUUGUUAGUGGCUUAAAAUGAUGCUUUUGAACAAGAGGAUGCUGGGUGCUCUUGGUGACUAGUACCAUUCCCACUUUUUUCUUUUGAAUUUCUGAGCUAUUAUUUACCGGCUCAUUCUUUUAUUCCCAUGGCUACUAAAGCAGUACAAUCGCUUUCUUUCCUAGGUCCUUAAGCCCUUUGCUAAUGUUACUUUCUGAGCGUUUCCAAAGCUGGGGUUCUAGGAGAGUUUGGCAGGUCCGAACAGCUGACCCAUGAAAUAAUGGAGUAGGGCAGGGGGGUGGAGAGCGGGGCCAGCCAUCAAUAGAAGAGUGACCUCCUCAACACACAUGGCCAGCUAAUUGGCUAUUGUGGGAAAGGAUGGGUGGAGAGGGGCUGCUGAGAAUCUCUAGCGACAGUUAAGUGGCCUUUGUGGACAGAAGAACUCUGUUGGAUUUUUGGCUUGGAAUCUUCCCACCUCUUUCAGAUUUUCUUGUUAGAUUCACCCUGUGUCAUUCAGGCCCCAUCUUUCACUUCAUCCUUUCAAGAUGACUACUUUGUGUACUGGCCUCUCCUUUGUUCUUACCAUUCCCAAACUGUAAGGAGACUGUGUAGGGCUUCUGCAGGCCUGAGAACUGGACUUUGCUGUUUGUUGAGAACUGUACAAAUGACUGCCAUGGCCUUCACGGCCUGCAGAAAUUGCUCCGCCUGUCUCGGCAGAGUGACAGUGACUGUCUGAUGGCAGAGACGAGGCGUCCUGGCUGAAUUCCUCCUCUUACACAAUACAGACCUCCUUUCUUCCACUCUCCCUUCACCUUCCCUGUUCCAGCAGGAGUACAGACCUGUAGCCACGAGUUAAUGCCUUCUAAAUAAGAAGACAGUACGUGUGCCAGGUGUCACAAGCCAAUUCAUCCAGCUUGUCUCCUCUGAUACUCCAGGUCUCCUGUGAGGUAGGGAGGGAAGGUCCUUUCAACAGCACCUGACUUGAGAGUUAGUUCCCUGAGAGUUGACAGGUCAAAGGCCCCAGUUCCUUAUACAGGGUCUAGGCACCCAGUUCCCUGUCCUGAGACCUGUGACCCUUCAGUGAUGCUUACUUUCUUCUGUGUGAGGAGCAUAUGGCCCAGUGACAGUGUCAAUGCGUGGAAAGGGGAGAAGGGCAGAAAGGAGCAGUUGUGUAGAGGGGACAGCCUAGCGCCACUAGCUACUUCUCUUUCUCUGGAGAUGGAGGAUUUGAUGCUCGUGAGGAGGUUGGCGCAGGGAAUUUCCUCCCCAUCCUUCAGAGGGAAGAAAAGCUAAGGGUCUUAUCUUCCUUUUCCCUUCUUUCCACCCUCUUCCCAGGAAAGGAGGGAGGAGGUUGGUCUGGUUCUCCAGGGCCUGGCAUGUGGGUUCCACGUGCCAGCCCUAGACCCUUAGAGCCUAAUGUCCAUUCUCAGGCCCGGCCUGCUGGCCUUUAGGUGACUUGCUGUCGUGAGGCCUAGGCUAUGGCCAAGAUGGAAGAAAGCCCUUGAAGCUUGCCUGGAGAAAGAAGCAUGCAGGGCCCCCUAGGCAGAGGAACAGGCCCUGGGCUGUCCCCUGUGGACAGACGGACACUUCUGAUCUGCACCUUUAUCCUGGCUGUAGCUUGGGGCCAAGUGAAUUUCACAGGAGACCAGGUUCUUCGAGUCUUGGCCAAAAAUGAGAAGCAGCUGUCACUUCUCAGGGAUCUGGAGGGCCUGAAGCCCCAGAAGGUGGACUUUUGGCGUGGUCCGGCCAGACCUAGCCUCCCUGUGGACAUGAGAGUUCCCUUCUCUGAACUACAUGAUGUCAAAGCUUAUCUGAAGUCUCACGGCCUUGCUUACAGCGUCAUGAUAAAGGACAUCCAGGUGCUGCUGGAUGAAGAGAGAGAUGCCAUGGCGAGGUCCCGAAGGCUGGAACGCAGUACCAGUAGCUUCAGCUACUCUUCUUAUCACACACUGGAGGAGAUAUAUAGUUGGAUUGACAACUUCGUAGCUGAACAUUCUAAUCUCGUCUCCAAAAUUCACAUUGGCAACAGCUUUGAAAAUCGGUCCAUUCUUGUCCUGAAGUUCAGCACUGGAGGUUCAAAUCGCCGGGCUGUCUGGAUUGACACUGGGAUCCAUUCCCGAGAGUGGAUCACCCACGCCACCGGCAUCUGGAUCUCGAAGAAGAUUGCCAAUACAUAUGGCAAAGACCACGUCUUGAAAAAAAUAUUGAAUGCCAUGGACAUUUUCAUUGAGAUUGUCACCAACCCUGAUGGCUUUGCUUUUACUCACAGCAUGAAUCGCUUGUGGAGAAAAAACAAGUCAAGCCAACAUGGCAUUGCCUGCAUCGGCGUGGACCUCAACAGGAACUGGAAGAUAGGCUUUGGAGGAAAUGGUUCUAACAAAAACCCCUGCUCAGAGACUUAUCGAGGGCCCUCACCUGAGUCGGAGCCAGAGGUAGCUGCAAUUGUGGGCUUCAUCACAAGCCAUGGGAACUUCAAAGCUCUGAUCUCCAUCCACAGCUACUCUCAGAUGGUCAUGUAUCCUUAUGGCCACUCUCUGGAGCCUGUGCCAAACCACGAGGAGCUGUUCAAUCUUGCCAAGGAUACAGUGAAGGCUCUGCACAAGGUGCACGGGAUCGAGUACAUUUUUGGCAGCAUCAGUACCACCCUCUAUACAGCCAGUGGGAUCACGGUGGACUGGGCCUAUGACAGCGGCAUCAAGUAUGCCUUCAGCUUCGAGCUCCGGGACACUGGACAAUAUGGCUUCCUGUUGCCAGCCUCACAGAUCGUUCCUACAGCCCAGGAGACAUGGAUGGCGAUUCGGACCAUCAUGAAACACACCCUGAAUCACCCCUAUUAGCCACAUUUCUCAGGCCAGAGCAGUUGGGGUUCACCCCUUUCCCCAAGGCCUGGGACUCCUCCUGAAUCCCAAGUUAAGCAUCCCUUCCCCAUACCCUUGUUGGACCCUUAGCAAAUAAAAGCGAGUUUGAACAGCC